GACGAUUCUCAGAUCUCAACCACCACAAGAGAAAGCUCAAGGCUUAACCUCGAACCCUUCACUCCGGCUUCCAUGGCGGUGGUUUCCACUUCCCUCACCUCCCAAUUCUCCGGCCUCCGCCGCUCCUCGAAGCUCGACCGCUCCCCCCCCGCCGCCCAGUCCUUCACCCAGCACGUCAAUGCUCGAGUCUGCUUCUCUUCUUGUUCUCCUCAUCAGAAGCCGUGCAGAGGCGUCGUUUCCAUGGCCGGUACCGGCAAGUUUUUCGUUGGUGGAAACUGGAAGUGUAAUGGAACUAAAGACUCCAUCACUAAGCUUGUUUCUGACUUGAACAGCGCGACAUUGGAGCCUGAUGUCGAUGUCAUUGUGGCACCUCCCUUUGUAUACAUUGACCAGGUUAAGAACUCAAUAACGCCACGGAUUGAGAUAGCUUCUCAAAACUCUUGGACUGGGAAAGGUGGGGCUUUCACCGGAGAAAUCAGUGUGGAGCAACUGAAGGAUAUUGGCUGCAAGUGGGUUAUUCUUGGGCACUCUGAGCGGAGACAUGUUAUUGGUGAAGAUGAUCAGUUUAUUGGAAAGAAAGCUGCUUAUGCUUUGAGUGAGGGUCUUGGAGUUAUAGCAUGCAUUGGGGAGCUUCUACAAGAGAGAGAAGCUGGGAAAACUUUUGAUGUCUGUUUUCAGCAAUUGAAGGCUUAUGCCGAUGCUGUGCCUAGCUGGGAUAAUAUCGUUAUUGCCUAUGAGCCUGUGUGGGCCAUUGGGACUGGUAAGGUGGCCACCCCCCAGCAGGCUCAGGAAGUCCAUGUAGCAUGCCGUGAUUGGCUGAAAAAGAAUGUCUCUGCAGAAGUUGCUUCCAAAACGCGCAUCAUUUACGGAGGGUCUGUGAAUGGAGGAAAUUGCGCAGAGCUUGCAAAGCAGGAAGAUAUUGAUGGUUUUCUUGUUGGCGGUGCUUCCUUGAAGGGUCCUGAGUUUGCUACAAUUGUCAACUCUGUGAUAUCCAAGAAAGUCGCUGCUUGAUGAGCAUGGUUGUGGUUUUUCACAAGGAGAGCUAAUAAGGGGUGACCAGAGCACAUUCACACCGGAGCGGAGUGCGUCAAAGUCAUGAGCUGGUUCAACACAAGUCGAUUUUUCUCGGUUGUCUGAUUUGUGCCCUUUAAAGGGUCUUAGAAAUCUGUAAUUUCUUGAUUUUGCAUUGACCGAACUUCUCAGAACUAGACAAAUAGAAGAUGAUAUGUCCCAUAGUCAUUGUAUUUCAAAAAGAGUCAGUGUUCCUGAACCUCGGAACUUGUUGAGGAGUCUCAUUUCCCCUUGACCUCCUGAAAUGCUGAAAAAGGGGACUAGUCUGGUGGAUGGAGCAGAAUAAUAAUAAUAGUAUGUGAUGAGAUGAUGGCUUG